AUGACAUACGACAAGGCUCCCGUUUUACUGCUCAAGACAAAGUCGACCCCUGUCGAUGCAUAUGAAGAGAUCUUCUCUCAGAAAUUUGAGGGGAAUGUCUUUGAGCCAAUUUUCAUACCAGUUCUCGAGCAUAGGUUCCUCGACAAUGGCAUGAACCAAGUCAGGGCCCUGCUCAAAGAGCACAAGAUUGGCAAGGGCGCGGGCUGCGAGUAUGGAGGCAUGAUCUUUACCUCACAGCGAGCGGUUGAGGCCUUUGCACACCUGAUCACCGAGGGCGCAGACAAUGGAGGUGCGCAAUGGCCAAAUUUACAGGACAUCCCCAUCUACAGCGUUGGGCCUGCGACGACCCGCGCGCUGAAAGCGAUCCUACAGGAGCCGGCUCUGAACGUCUAUGGAGAGCACACUGGUAACGGCGAGACACUUGCGCCGUUCAUAUUAGAUCAUUAUGGGGAGUGGUACAGGGAAAGGGACACCAAGCCGCCACUACUGUUCCUCACAGGCGAGGUCAGGAGAGACAUAAUCCCCAAGGUGUUGAUGGACAGCAGACUGGCGGCGACCCGGCGCAUACAAGUCGACGAGGUGGUCGUGUACGGGACAGGCGUGAUGCACUCGUUCGAAGAUGAGAUGCGCCAGACGCUCGACAGAGUGAGGGGCUACCGCAUGCUCUGGGCAGUCGUCUUCUCGCCGACGGGCUGCGACAGUAUGUUGCGUGCACUCGGGUUCCUCAACGACGAUGGCAAGCUGGAGACGGAGGCUGUGGGGCGGCGUAAAGACUCCGACCACAGGACUUUGGUGGCCACUAUCGGGCCCACGACCAGGGCUCACCUGGCAGACUCGUUCCAAUUCGAGCCGGAUGUUUGCUCAGAGCAUCCCAGUCCAGAUGGUGUCUGGUCUGGCAUUACCAAAUACAUCAGCAAUCUGAGAUAA